AAGGCUAGAUAUUUCGGAAUUCAUUUGUUUCUUCGUCCUCCCCCUGUCUCCCACCCCUACAUUAGCUGGUGUAAUCUCUGAGUGCAAUGUGUGCUUUUCAGUGUGCGGAGACCAAACUCCCUCAAGUGUCCCUAGCUUCAGUGCAGGCUGAGACCUGCAGAGAAACAAACUGCUAAAACUCAGAUAGCAAGCUGGGAGCAGUAACUUUUCACUGGCAUGGCUUAAGGGAGUGGGAGGAGGGUUUAUAUGAAUGGUAACACAUUCCCAUUUCAGUAUGCUCCUUGGCUACGACUACCCUGAGGGCAGUUGGUGAGCAACGUGAUGUACAGCAGCUGUGUGAGCAGAGGUGUGAGCCCUCUCUUGGUUUCUCACUUUCCAUGGGAAAAUAUCCUGUGUUGGGGUGAAGGGCAGGAAAUUAGCCAGCAGAACCUUUCAUGUGUCCAGUAUCUCUUUGAAUUUGUGGGUCUGACUGUGACAAAGAAAGGGUUAGCCAUUUCCCAGAACUAGAGGAAAGGAUUUUUUAGGAACUCAGAGCACAAAAGAGAUAGUCAUAUGUGCAGAAGGAGGUACAUUCUAGGUGCCAUAGCUAAUGCUUCCAUUUUAGAGGAAACUAAAGCUACCUGAGGAAGAAAAAUGACAAAUCCUCAUGGAUCCUUUUUGGAGCAGUCCUCUCUGUAGCAAAUCUGGAAGUACACACGAACUUCUCCUCUUACCUGUGUUUCUCUCACAAAGUAGUACAAGCAAACAGUUCUUUCUAUGUCUCCUUCACUACAUCUAUCCGUCUUUAGCCUUGGAGCAGAGAAGGAGGAGAAAGGGAGCUGCCAGCAGCCCAUAGUGAUUGAUACCUCUCUUAUUUUUUAUGCUGCACUAGAACAACCUGUUUCAAAAAUGGCAAUGACAAAUCAAAACAAAUAUUUCUUGCUAGAAAUACAAACUCCCUGAUUUGUCAGUGAGUACACCGCUAUUAAAUAUGUUGCUUUAACCAAAACAUUUAUUUGGAAGUAUUUUUUUCUGCUUGAGCUUUCAGCCCUUAGGAGAGAAAUGUAUUUCCACAAAGCCAUUUGCUUCAAUAAUUGUUGUAACGUGAAAUUUUCUUUCACUGAUUACUGUCACCAGGGAAUAGCUUGCGUAUAUGCAAAGGUAAAAAUGCUGUGCUUCUCCAUUUGUACCAAGAAGUAUCAAGUGGCUCUGGAAAGAGACCGGGCCUCUCACCCGGACUUGGACCAGCCCUAAAGCAAAGGCUUGACUAUGCCUGGGGUCAAGAGCUGUCCUGAACAGCAAAGUGUCAAGGACCAAGAAAACACAGCAAUCAGAGGAGAGAGGCAAUGAAGUGACCAGGCAGAGAGUGGAGACUGUGGACUAAGAGAUGGGUGCUGCCACCCUGCCUAUGCUGCUGCCUGGAGGUGCAUGCAGGGUGAUAUUUGCUCCCCUCUGCCCUUCUAACCAGAUUGUCAUUCCUCAUCAGGGAAAGCCCUGUGGCUUGGAGGGUGCCUCAAUGCAGCCUUUUCAGCAGAGGGAGAUUUCUCUCCCACUGGGCAAAUGAAGGCAGUAUCGCUCAUAAUUGGGAUUGCAGAGCUGAACUUUCCCAGUGAUGGAAAACGCUGUCUCUGCUCUGACACUAUUCCAUCUCCAUGAGCCCCAUUGCUGCACCUGGGAGCCCAUUACCUCCUCCUCCCAGUAAAAAUAUUAAAAAUAAAAACGUUUGCAGACAGUUCCUAACUUUCAUUUCCUUGCUGGUGGAGCCACAGCAAUACUGUCAGUCUGUUACUUACGGGAGAGAAGCAGGGAGACGGAGAGAGGGAGGGAGGAGAGACAGAGGGAAGAGGCAGGCAGGGAGCUUAGAUUACCGCUGCCGCAUCACUGCCUUCCCUCGCUUCUUGCUCCGGAGAGAUCGACGAUCAUGCACCGCCUUGCCCAGGAUGGCUGGGCUGCAGGGGGAUUGGGGGCGACUUUCCAAACUGCAUCCUGUGCCUGCCGCUAGGAAGGGCAGCCUGCCCGCUGCAGCUCCCGAGCAACACGGCCAGAGCUGCCGGAGGAUGCUCUGCAGCCAUCUGAGGCGUGUGUGACAAGAACACUGGGCUGCGGGCUCCUGUAAUCCACAUCGCUUGGAUCUCAGGCUUUCAUGCAAACCUUGUUUGGAUCUGCGCAAAGCCGUGAAACACCACACCAGCCUCUUUUAAAAAAAACGCUGCCUAGGACAAGAAGCAGCUGACCCAACGUCAAAUGCGUGACUCAUGGGCCCUCCAGCAAAAAGAUCGGGAGCAUUUUCUUGGUCCAUGCAAAAGCUCCACAGGACGCAAAGAAGAUGAAGACGGGAGGAACCUGUCAGGGUCUGCCAGCUGUCCAGCACUUACUGGCUCUGGGACACAGGCACCUUUCAAACACAUGGAGAAACAUGGUGGAUUUCAGGAAAUUCAGGCUGUUUGUUUGCCUUGUAGGGCUCAGCUGUGCUAGCUUCUGGGUUUUUUACAACAAUGUGACCAAAUCCUGUAUAUUCUGUGAAAACAGCCAAGAUUACAUAUCCCUCCCUGAGACUUUUAGGAGAUUUGAAGGAAAUUUCUUACAGCUCCCAGAUAUAGACUGCCAUGAGAACCCACCUUUCCUUGUCCUGCUUGUAGCAUCAUCGUACCACGACAUCCAUGCCAGGAUGGCCAUCCGGCAAAGCUGGGGGAAGGAGAGAACAGUUGCCGGCAAGCGCCUGGUCACAUAUUUCCUCCUGGGAACCACUGUGAAUCUCAGUCAGCAGGCUGAUAUCGCUGCCGAAAGCCAAAAGUAUAAAGACGUUAUUCAGAAGAAUUUUACAGACACAUACUACAAUUUAACUCUGAAGACCAUGAUGGGAAUUGAAUGGAUUCACAGAUUUUGUUACCAGUCCAGCUUUGUGAUGAAAACUGACACAGAUGUGUUUGUCAAUGUUUUUUACCUCACUGAGCUUCUUCUAAGGAAAAAGAGGACCACUAGAUUCUUCACAGGCUUUUUAAAACUGCAUGAGUACCCUAUACGGAUAAGGAAGAGUAAGUGGUAUGUGAGUAGAGAAGAGUAUCCUGGAAAGACCUACCCACCGUUUUGCUCUGGGACUGGCUAUGUUUUAUCCACUGAUGUUGCUAGUCAGAUCUAUAAUGUUUCAGAGAGUAUUUCAUUCAUUAAACUGGAGGAUGUAUUCAUAGGAUUGUGCCUUGCCAAAUUAAAAAUUCAGCUGGAGGAGCUUCAUUCGGAGCAGACGUUUUUUCCGGAAAAGAUUAGUUUCUCUGUUUCUCGCUUUAAGAAAAUCGUGAUGUGCCAUGAAGUAGAACCAUCCCAGCAACUGAGCUACUGGAACAAUUUAGUGACAGAUAAUUAUGGAGAAGUGCUCUAGCACCUUCCCUGCAUGAAUUAACAAACUGAAAUGCUCCAGAAUUAUUUUUUUUUUUUUGGAAGAUGAAGGCAUGCAAACCUGCCCUCCAAAUCUUGCUGCAACAGGACUGGAGCACUUUUGCAGUGCCAAACUAAAGUUCAAAGUACUUUCAUUCAGAGAAAAUUUGCACUGUCUUCCUAGUCCCUCUUGACAGAUUUCUUCAUUUACACCCAUCUGUGCAGGCAUUUAAGGAAAAGUGUUUGUAGCUGUCAGGACAUUCACCUUCUAGUACAGGGAACUGCAGCCCUGCCCUUGCAGAGAGCUCUGUGUGGGCAGAACUGCAUGCUAGCACAGAUCCCUCCUUCAGGCUACACAAAUUUUUGGCAGAAAGUGAACAAUUUGCCAAUGCAUUGCUCUUGGGAUAACCCUAGGUACUGCAGGUCACUUGGUGGAUGCGUGAGACUACCGCAUUUGUUAUCUUAUACACGAUUCCUACUGAAAAUGUUAUGCAAUAGAGCUGUAUCCAUUCUCAGUGGAGUGUCCUAGUCUUUCUACUAAAAUGGACCCCAGACACAUCUUUUACAUCUGUGUUUCACUUUGGUUUCUUUACAGUAAUGGUAAAGUGUUUGCUGAGGCUAAACUAGAGUCGCUUACAGUGAGCUAAACAAUAAUUCUGAUUUAGAGCUUUUUCCCUACAAGGAACUGAGUGUGUAAGGAAGACUUUACUGAGUGCAUAAGCAAGACAAGUGGGAAAAUGUGCCCAAGUAAUCGUUCAGACUGGAAGCCUCAUUUCUUAUUUCAUUACCAAGAAAAGACUCAUGAAAUCACUAGGACGUUUGUUGUUUUCAGAGAUAAGGAAUUCAAUUUUUACAGUAGAUGCUAUGAGAAAGGCAUUUAAGUUAUGGGGAGGGAGAAAUGUGUUCAUAAAAUCAUGCCUUAUGUAAAACUCCUAUUUGAUUUACUUUCAUGCAGAGAAAAGGUUGGUUUUACCAGCCAAGAAGUAUUGAAAACCUAUACUAUAUGUGAAAUACUUCUUUCAGAGAAGAGUGGGGUUGCUCCUAGGGGAAGAUGAGAUGGGACCUGAGGGGAUCCAACACCCAGCAGGGCUCAACCCCACACACCCACAUGGGGGAGCAGGACAAAUCUGCAGAUGAUGGUCAGGUGCAACCAAAAGUCAUGAUCAUAAGGCAGUAUGAGUGAUGAGGUGAUGAGGUCUGAGGUCAAGCCAGCAAUGGACGGGCCCUGGUGAUGACAAGUGAGGGUCAGAAUCAGACCCAGUGAGGGUCAGAAUCAGACCCAGUGAGGGUAACCAGGUCCAGACACUGUCCCAGGAUGACAGAACAUGGCCCUGGGGAUGGGGACGUAUACAUGGUGAAAAUCAUGGAAGAAAGACAGGGAAAGAGACUUUAUUACUUAGGGUUUUUUAAAUUUUCAUUGUUUAUUUUCUUUUUACUGAAGUUUGUGAGUACUGUCCAAGUGACCUUUUUUACUUUUACCUGUGUCUGAAGAGCAGGAUGAUUAUUUUCAAAGGGAAUACACCCUAUCCUGUUUAACAGUGGUAAUAAUGUAUUACUUGUUUUCUUCUAAUGUAGUGUAACUUGAGCUCAUGUGCUUAUUUUUGAAAACUGAUGAUGAAAGAUAUUAUGUUGAUUUGAUUGGUAGAAGAAUAAUCUUCUUUAUUUUAAGUUUCCCAUUCAGGAAAUAGCUGUGCAUAUGGUGUUUGCGGGGAUAUGGCUAACCAGGUGGUAGGGUGGAUGACCAAGGAGGUGUUUGCUUUUCUGUGGGGUGGACAGCCCUGCUCUGGGUUGAACAGCACAUCACCAUCUCCCAUCUCAACUUUGUAGGUCUAUCUGCCCUUGGACUCAAAGCCUUGCUGUAGUACAUCUAGUUUUGCUCUUGCCUUUAGUAGGUGUGAUGGGUCAGACAGAUAAAGCCUAGCAACAGCAUUUUAAUCACUAUUCUUUCCAUGUAACCUGUAGGAAUGUCUUUUUGGUAUUCAUUGCUGUUGCACCCAAGGUGCAAACUGGCUAUUGCUUUAAUUUAGGGGAAAAUGUAGAGCAUAAAGGAAUGCUUCCUGGCCUCUCCUAGCUUCCUUUCUUGUGGGUGUGGGGUCUGCUGGGACAGCAUAAUACAGCCCAAUGUUCAUCCUAACCUCUUCUUGCUCUCAGAGAAAAUAAUCGUGCAGUCCCUCGUGGGUCUCACUUCCACCUCUGUGCCUGGUGCCGAUGUUAUCCCAGCUGGCAGGACCAGUUCAAUGCAGUUCUAUGGAGCCUGUGUCUCAGCAAAAUAGCUAUUCAUUUACAUACGGAUAUGUCGACUUGUUCACCUCCACCAAGUGAUGAGUUCCAAGAAUUAUGGUGGUAGCUGGCUCCUAGGAUAGUGCAGCUGCUGUUCUUCUGACCGGCUGAAUUUGUGGCCAAAUUGUAGGUCUCCCAUUUAGAGGCAGUAUUUUGGGUUGCUUCCCUGAACAAUGACUGCUUGUGAGUGGCAUUAAUAAAUAUCUUACCUGAGCAGAUUUGUAUCAUCAUCAAAAAAGUUAUCCUUGAGGGCCAACUUCUGCUAGACUUCUUGACUGUGUUUUUCAUUUUAGUUCAGGAGUGUUCCUAAUUACUUGAAUAUAGUUAAGAAUUGGGAAGAUUGUGCUAUCCUGUGUUUGUUAAUCACAUUUGCAGAUGCUACCACUAUAUUUUUGGGGCUAAAUUCAUAGCUACAAUGCCACUGGGAAUAAGAUCUUUAGGCAUGUUUCAUGAAACUAUCCCAUUCUGGAUACUGUUUCCAAGGAGUCUAUCUGUAAUUUGAAGUGACCUGUACGAGAUACUUCUCUUUUGUUACUGCAUUUGAAAUAUUUUCUCGUCACUGAAUAUAUAUUGUUGAGCAUCUAACAGCCUGCCUAUCUGAAGCAUUUGGCUUGUCACUGCUAAAUCUCUGAUGAGGAGCAAAUGAGUACAGGUUGAAAUCUUAUAGAUUCAGAUAGCCUGUUUUUCUCCUUUUCACAAAUUACCUUCCCAACUGAACGCCUUCAGUUGUUGCACAUUAUUUUCCUCAACAUACCAUUUUCUUUGUGCUCCCAUAAAUUAGAAAUUGAUUUAAUAAUUCUGUCCAUUCAGUAAGCUGCUUUGAAUAAGAAUAUACUAAAUGAAUAUUUAAUUACUUAAAAUAUAAGGUUAUCCUGCUGCAAGAGGUAAUUUAAGAAAAGUAGAUGAUUGCAGGUAAGGCAAAUUCAUUUAUUCAAACCAAGCCACCAUCCUAGUCUGUUUAUACAUAUCAGCUAAAUGAAAUUAGCUUUUGCAGCUUGGGCCUCAGAUCACGAUUUUUAAAAACAAUCAAAACAGUUUUAGUGGCCUUUUGCCAAAUUAUGUGCAUUUUCCUAUAAAAGGCCAUCAAAAGAAGAUCAGAAAUCUAACUAGAACUGCAACCACAAUACUGCAGUGUACAUUACUUACUUAUAAAGUUUUGUAUAGGCUAAUAAAAUAGCUUAGGCAAUUUCGGGGGACUUUAUCUGUAAAAGUAGUGCACUAACCUAACAUUUUUAUGCUUUCAGUGUCACAUGAUCAUUAAAUAUUUUUUGUUUUUUAAUAACUCUGAAAAGUUACUCUGAAAAGUUACUCCAUCACUUCUCAUUUAGUAGGAAGGAGUGAAAAAGUCAACAGAGCUCAUAGUGUCUUAGAGCUGAUUAGAGAUGUGCAUUUCAGCAUACUCUGUUUCUGCCAACACAGGAUCAGGUUUUGUAUACAGAAAACUGAAUAUAUUUUUCACAACUCUAACUCAUCGACCAAUGUAUUCUUAAUUUAGGUUAGGAUUUUUGAAAAUGUUUGUAAAUUGUUUGCCACACAUCUUACCUGAUUCAGUAUUACUGAAGAGGUAGAAGGCUUCUAGUCACUUUUGAGAAUACAAAGUAGAUUUUUGUAAUAAAACGUUUGCCUUACAUAAAAACUGAAUGGAACACAAGGGCUAACUGUCUGUAAAGGAUCUGACAGGAAUGCUGCUCUUCUUGGGUUUGUGCGGGUUACUAUAUAAUGUUAAUAUAAAAUGUGUGACAAUGUUCACAUUAUUUGCAUAGAACAUGAGAAUGUUAAGCUGACUAUUCAAUGUAUGAUAUUUUAGUAAAGUAUUUUGUUAUCUCAGUUUUGUGUGUUCACUUCUCUUUUCA